AUGGUUGAUGAGCGUGGGGAAUGUAAAUGCCCUUUGAUCCACAUGGCUCUUCCUCAGGAUAUGGUGGAUGGAAUGGGAUGGAAAUGGCAACCGACUUGCUUAUUCACAGUCAGAUCGGCGUAUGAAAUUUGGACAAAAACUGAAUCUGUCUCGACGGAUAAAAUUUGGAGCACCAUUGCUAAAUUCAAAGGGAUUUCAAGGGUGAAAGUGUUUCUUUGGCUUCUGGCAUGCGAUAAAUUGCUUACCAAUUCCGAGAGGGGCAACAGAUGCGCACGGGAAUGCUUCGUGUGGGGUGUAAUCCGCGAUAGUAGGGGAGAAUGGAAAUUCAGUUUCGCUCGAGCUGUUGGAAUCUGUUCUACCUUUGAAGCAGAAUUAUGGGGGGUCAUUGAGGGCUUGAAGCAUGCAUGGAAUCUCGAGGCACGGUCUAUCAUCCUUAAAACGGAUAAUGGGAAGGUGAGGCGAGAAGUGAAUAGGCUUGCUGAUAGCAUGACAAAGAUGGCUUUAACAUAUGUUUUUGCGGGAAGAAAGUUCUCUACGACUCUUACUGUGCUCAUUCCGAUCCUGCUUGGUGAUAGCUUAGGCAUUAGUGGUUAG